AUGGCUUCCGAACAAAUCAAAGAAGAAGAAGAAGUUCAAGGAUUGAGGAGUUUAGGAGCUGGUGCAAAGAAAAAGAGUAGAUAUGCUACUAAAGAGCCUGUAGGAUGGGAGAUCACUUUGGAUCGAUUACGGGAAUUUCGUCUACAAAACCCUGCCCCUGUGGAUACUAUGGGAUGUGAACGUCUGGCCGAAGUUGGAGAAACGAUUCCUCCAGAGGUGAGCCGCUUCCAAACACUCGUUUCAUUAUUGCUGUCUUCACAAACCAAGGACACAGUUACGUCUGUUGCAGUGCGGCGAUUGCAAAAAGAACUCAAGGGUGGAUUGACGAUCCAAGCAGUACUAGAUGCCCCUUCAGAAAAACUCAACAGUAUCAUCAGUGCAGUGGGAUUCCAUAACAAGAAGACAAUCUUCAUGAAACAGGUAGCUAAGAUUUGUAGAGAUCAAUAUAAUGGCGACAUUCCAGAUACUGCAGAAGGAUUAACAGCACUGCCGGGAGUCGGACCAAAAAUGGCCUACUUGACAUUGCAAGUUGCCUGGAAUAAAAACCUAGGAAUUGGUGUAGACACACAUGUACAUCGUAUUGCUAACCGUCUUGGAUGGGUCAAGACUGAGAAGGAUGGACCAGAAGCAACACGUGAGGCAUUGCAGUCAUGGUUACCUAAAGAACAUUGGCGUGAGAUUAAUUAUAUUCUAGUCGGGUUCGGACAAGUCCUUUGUUUGCCACGUGGGCCACUUUGUCCUAUCUGCCCUGUCCAAGAUCGGUGUCCUUCUGCUAUGAUGUCAAAGAAAAGAAUCAAAACAGAAGUAAAAAUGCAAAUGGAAGAGCCCUUUGGUGAAGUAGAGAUCCAUGCUGUCCAUACACAGCUUGAGAGAGCGAAUCUUCAGGAUCAGAACGUGGAAGAGGGCAAGGUUGGUGAUGGUGAUGUACAAGUAAAGGAAGAAGAGGAUGCAACUCAAGUAGCGACCAAGAGUCAUUAUUUCGCAAAUAAUGGGGAUAAGCAGGUGGAGAUCAAGCAGGAAGAAGGAAUAACAGACAUUAUGAACGAUGAUACGCUUGCCAAGAGCACAGCUUCUUUGAUUGAGAACCUGCACGUAGACGGUAGCAACUUGGAGAAGGAAUCUGUGGACAUCGAAGACCUUGUAAACUAG